AUGCCAGCAACACUCAAGCGCAAGGGCUCGCCGGCUCUCGAGGAAGAGUCAGAAUCAUCGAAGCGGAGAUUUGCGGAAAGCGCAGACCAAGAAUCAACAGAGAAGGCAGAAGAUGCACCAGCAGAACCAAAGUCGACAGAAGAUGCUUCAACGCCUACAACAGUGCCGCCAGCAAACGACAGAGCUGCUAGAUUCGCAGCGUUGCGCGCGCGGAAUGCCGAGAGUAGGAAGUCGAAUCUCCAGGAUACGAAACAUGAAGCACAAAAGGCAUCGAUAGACCCGUCGCAGCUCACGAAUAUCAAUCGCAAAAAGGACAUUGCUCAGCACAAGCUCCUCAAAGCUGAAAUCGAGGAGGCUGGUGGAGACUUUGAGCGACAGCGGGCAUGGGACUGGACGGUGGAGGAGUCAGAGCGCUGGGACAAGCGCUUGGCAAAGAAGGAGCGCAACAAGGACAACAAUGCUUUUGCAGACUACAACAAGGAGGCUGGGAAGGUGUACAAGCGGCAACUUAAUACCAUGCAAAAAGCCGGAUUUGAUGAGAGAUUGGAGGGAUAUGAACAAGACAAGCGCGAUGCGAUCAAUCGUGCUGUCGCAAGCGGUGGGCUGGAGAUUGUCGAGACUGCAGACGGUGAGCUGAUCGCGGUGGACAAGGACGGCAGCUUCUACUCCACCGCUGAUAGCACGUCUUUCAGCGAGAGCAAGCCUUCCAAAGCUGCAGUGGACCGGCUCGUGGAUGACAUCAAGAAGGCGGAAGAAAUUCGGUUGAAGAAGCGAAGAGAGCGUGGUCGUGCAGACGAGGAUGGUGGAGACGUGACAUACAUCAACGAAAAGAACAGGCAGUUCAACCUGAAGCUCGCGAGGUUCUACAACAAGUACACAGCAGAUAUCAGAGAGAGCUUCGAGAGAGGAACGGCGAUAUGA